UAAUACUCUCGCUUCAACGUCAGAUCUGAUUCAAACCUCUUCACCGACAUCAAAAAAAAGCUCCGGCGAAACCUAACCAAUCUCAAGAAUGUCUCACAACGACACGAUUCCGCUUUACCAGUCGUCCCAAUCAGACAUCGACGAGAUCGAGAACAUGAUGAACGGCGGCGGAUUCCAAUCAGGUCCCGGAACCGUCCUCCCAGCUCGUCCACCCAGCCCCACCCGUCCCUCCAUACCCGUCUCCUCCUCCUCCUCUCCUUUCGUCCAAUCCAAUCUCCCCCCGCCUCCGCCGUCUUCCUCCUCCUCCGCCUCCCAGAAAGUGACGCCCGUCCCAGCCCCUCCGUCGCUUCCGCCUUCAGUUAACUUCGGAAGCUCGGAAGGCUCGAAGACCACGGGAUUCGGAUCUCCGCCGAACACGUUGACGGAGCCGGUGUGGGAUACGGUGAAGAGGGAUCUGUGUCGGAUCGUGAGUAAUCUGAAGCUGGUGGUGUUUCCGAAUCCGAAUAGGGAGGAUCCGGGCAAGGCCCUUAGGGAUUGGGAUCUGUGGGGUCCCUUUUUCUUCAUCGUUUUCUUGGGCCUUACGCUUUCCUGGUCUGCCUCCGUCAAGAAGUCCGAAGUGUUUGCAGUGGCAUUUGCACUACUUGCAGCUGGAGCAGUGAUCCUCACACUAAAUGUGCUGCUCCUGGGGGGACAUAUAAUCUUCUUCCAAAGUCUAAGCCUUUUGGGCUACUGUCUGUUCCCACUGGACGUUGGAGCAGUGAUCUGCAUGUUGAAGGACAACGUUAUACUCAAAAUGAUCGUAGUCACUGUGACUCUUGCCUGGAGCUCGUGGGCCGCUUAUCCUUUCAUGAGCGCAGCCGUGAACCCAAGAAGAAAGGCUCUCGCACUUUACCCGGUCUUCCUCAUGUAUGUGUCUGUUGGGUUCUUGAUCAUUGCCAUUGAUUGAUUCGAUCUUGAAAAACAGAAAAUCAGAGAUAUGUUCUGUGAUUCAGCUUCGAAAAUCAUUUGGUAUACAGAGUAGAAUAGAAGUUUCUCAAUCCGUGAACUAAUGAGAUCAUAUGUAUAAUGUGUUCUUUUAACACUUUUUUUGGUUUUGUUAAACUCUGGUUCGACUUCAUAUGUUUUUUGCUCCUUGUAUGAAACUUGCGGUUCUUUUUGGGAAGGUACAUAUAAUAUAUAUAUAAGACCUUGAUAUA